AUGACGGUCAGCGGCACCGUGGUUCUGGUGGCCGGGACACUCUGCUUUGCUUGGUGGAGCGAAGGGAAUGUGGGUGCCCAGACUGGCCCGCUGGCCACACCCACUGAGUAUCCUGGUGCUGAGGCGCCCAGGCCCCUGCUCAGGUCGGUCAGCCUCUUCUGCUGCGGCACAGGUGGCCUGCUGCUGCUCUUCAGCCUGCUGUGGUCCAUCAAGGCCAGCACCCGGGGGCCACCCCAGUGGGACCUGUACCAUUUGUCCAGAGACCUGUACUAUCUCAGCGUGGAGUCCUCGCAGAAGGAGAGCUGCAGGACCCCAAAGGUGGCCAUCCCCACUUAUGAGGAGGCCACGCACUGCCCUCUGACAGAGGGGCCCCCGACACCACCUGCAGACCCCACGGAGGAAGACCCAGAGUGCGGUGCCUUGGGGGAUGCUCUGCUUGGGACCCAGCCCCCCUUCCACCCACCCAGCUACGAGAGCAUCAGCUUUGCUCUUGGUGCUGUUUCUGGGGAGACAGCACGUGACACUGCAUUCUCCUGCUCAGGCCUGGUCCAGACCGCAGCGGGGGAAAGGUGGCUGGUGACCCCUUCCCUGGAGCUCUCCACCUUGGAUCAGCCCAUCCCCAUCGGGAAUCUUGGCUACUCCCCUAGCUGCUAA